GCCGCUGCUUCCCUCCUCGCGCCACUUCGACCGAGACGUGAUCCGGGCAUGCUGGGGACCGGCUCUCCUCGGGAUCUGAGAGCACGAGGCGAGACGGAGAGGAAGCGCUUAUCCCUGAGCAUCACGCAGGAGGAAGGACGCAAGUAUCAUCGCUUCUGCAACCACGGUGGUGCAGGACUGGGAGGCUUGAAGAUGGAGAGGAACCGCCAUCAGCGGACUGAGGAGGAAGAUAACAGUCCCUGUCGCCGGGAGCAGCAGCUGAUGUGGGAGAGCAAGGCCCUAGUAAUUCAAAGGGCCUGGCGUACUGCACUGGACCGCAAACUGGGCUGGCAGGGGGGCCCUAAGAACCGCAUGGAUCACCGUUGUGAGAUUGAUCCAGAGGAAGAUGCCUUCACUGCUGGACUCACCAUUGAGGAGCUGGACCAGAGCCUCACACUGGAGGAGCUUAAAACACUGCAGAGUAUGAAGUAUGUAAAUGUUGGAGGAUACCAGCUGCAAAAUAAUCAACUGACCACUGACCUGGAGAACAAUAUUGCUGUCAACAUGAAACCGCUGGAGUCCAACGUGUUGAUCAUCCAGCGUGCCUGGAGAGACUUCCUGCAGAGACAGGACAUCCUUGAGAAGCGCAGCCCCUCCCCUCCCUCCCUCUCCUCCUCCGACAAGAUGAGCACUUCAAUCAGCAUGACCACCCUAUCGGAUGGCAGCACCCCUCAGUAUGUGUCGCCCCUCCGCGAGGUCCGGCCAUAUUUUCACACCAGCGUCCUGAUAGAGCCGCUGUCUGAACGCUGA